AUGCUGUUACAAAGUUGUAUCUUUUUAUUAUGUAUAUCUCUGGUGAAAGGGGAAAUAGAAGAUAUUCGUACGAAGGAUUCAAAAGGAAAUUGCAUUGGCAACAUAGUCAAGAAGUAUUUCCGACAUAGCAACUGCAUGAGUUUCGUUCACAUGGGAAAUGAUAACGAGCUUGUCGAAGCGUUGAACACAAUGGAAUUGAAAACAAUAAUAUCGCGGAGUCCACAGACUAAUAUGCCUGUACUGAAUGAACACUACGUAAUAGAUGCAAACAGUUCUACGUAUUUUAUAAAACAGUUCAGACAUCUUGUUUAUGAAAGACGCUGGAAUCCUACCACGCGAUUCUUAAUUCUUAUAAAAAACCUCGAUGUUUCCGACCUCUAUAAUGUAUUUGAUAUUCUACUAAGGUAUCACGUCAUUCAUGUACUCAUCCUAAACAACACUGUCGAUCCUGAAAUCUACACAUACAAUCCUUUCGAGAACUUUGGAUGCGGUCGAAGAUACGAUAGAAUUAUUGAUUUGGGGAAAUGUUCUAAAUCAUCUACCAAAGACCUCUACCCUAAAAAACUUAUAACUGGCUUAAGGAACUGCACUUUCAAUGUAGCGGCAACACAUUGGCCCCCUUUCACAAUAAAAAGGGAAAAUAAUAAUACUAAUAUGUGGGUCGGGAUAGAAGAGUACAUAUUCAGAGAAAUAAGUCGAUUAGAAAGUUUCAAUAUUAACCUUACUUUUAUCGGUGAUGGAGAAAAAUUCACGACAAUAUCCGAAAAUAUGUCAAUAGACGGACCCAUGAAUUCUCUACGAAAUGGAAAUGACGUGAUAUUUGGCGGACUUAUUUUAACGGAGGCAAGGACGGACAUGUUUCAAUUCGUAUAUUUACACCUGUUGGAGCAAGAUUCCCUCGUCUACCUGGUUGAGAAAGCGAGACGUGUGCAGCCUUGGAGAAACAUUUAUUUGGUAUUCCAAGUAGACGUCUGGUUAACUUUGCUCCUCUUAUUUCUAUUGUAUUUCCUGAUGUUCGUUUUAUUUUUUCGACCUAAAGACAAAUCUUGGGUAGCUCUGAAGAUGCUAUCGUUCAUGUUUAGUAGCGGCACAGGUAUUCGGGGAAGCUUUUUCAAGAAAUCCAUAUUCAUAGCGUGGGUUUGGUGUUCUUAUUUCUUCUGUAGCUACUAUCAAUCGACCUUCUCGAGUGUCACGAUCCACCCUUUAAAGGAACACCAAAUAGCUACCGUGGAGGACUUGAAAAGAGAUAACCUGCGGCCUUGUGUCAGCGACACCAUAAUAGACUACAUAAAAGCAACGUUAAAUGAUACAGUUUUAAUUCAGUCACCUGAACAAUGUAGGAAAUUAUGGGACAGCAUAAAAUUUGUCAGUCAGUCCGACUACAAAUAUUUUACAGUUGUGUACCGAUACAAAUACCAAUUUUAUAAACUAGACUUCUACAACGAAUACAGAGAGAAUUUGAUAUACAAAUUCAACAAACCAAUUUUCAGUUCUUUAAACUGCAUUUACUUCUACAAAGGUUUUCAAUAUCUCGAAAGACUUCAAAUGCACGCAUUAAGGCUGAGAGAAAAUGGUAUGAUCAACGAUUACAUAGCACAACUGUAUUGGGAGUUCCAAAGACAUUAUAAGUUUAAAAAUAAGGAUAGCCAGGAGCUAGAACUAGUAGUGCCGUGGAAUUUAAUGGGAUUGGGAUAUUUCCUAUCGACUCUAGUAUUUAUGGGCGAGAUUUUAAUUAAGAAACUUCACGAUAAAAAUAAGUCUAAGUAA